CAAUACAUAUCGAUAUUUGAUAUAAACAAGACGACGACAACAAUCCAAAAAGAAAAAACUAAAAAAAAGAAAUGCUCAAUGCGAAAAUUGGUAAAGUGGGCAAAGUGUUGGUAUGUGGCAUGAAAGGCGUGGGGAAGACGACAGUAAUUGAGCAGUUGGUUUAUGGCAACCUGAAUCCGGACACAGAACUCCAUCCUACCAUUGAGGACAUCUAUGUUGCCAGUGUCGACACUGGUCGUGGAGGCGCUCGGGAGACGCUACGCAUCUACGACACGGCUGGACUGCAGGGCGAGCAGGCGGCCCAAUUGCCUCGGCACUACUUACAAUUCCCUGACGCAUUCGUAUUGGUCUAUGACCCCAUCGAUCCACGAAGCCUAGAUAUGCUGGCGGACAUUAAGACAGACAUUGACAAGCAUAAGGAAAAGAAGGAAAUCCCCGUCAUUGUACUGGCCAAUGUGCGGGCCCGGGGUAAAAGGGACACGACACCAGCAAUGCCCAAUCCCGUCGAAAAGAUUAUGGACCGGGCAAACAUCUGGUGCCAGCGGGAGCGGAUCAAGCACUACACAGUCAAUGGUAUGGAGCGUCCUUCACUGUACGAGCCAUUCACAUCUCUGUGUGCUCGUCUUCAUCCAGCACAGACGAAGAGCACGUUCCCGCAACUGCGCCAGGUCAUGCAGAAUCGACAAAAGAGCGAGGCGUAGCCGUAGCCUUCGACUAUACAUUUUUAGCCUAAAGCCGCGAAGUACUACGUUUUGGGUAUGGGGGUAUUAUUUAUGUGUUAUUAUGCAUUGUAUUUAUUAUGGUACUUUUGUGUGGGCCAAAGCCCGGCUGAGAUUUACUAAUAUUUAUGUUUGUGAGUGUCCAAUUAAAUAUUUAGUAUUUAUUGCAAAGAUUCCAAGUAGGAAUUUACUUCUGUUAAUCCUCCAAACUGGCUAGUAUGAAAUAGCUGGUUUGUAUGAAACUCCCAGUUGGCUGAUGUGAAAUUGUGACAUAACCUUCACUUUAGAAAGGAAACAAUGAAAUCAGCAGAA